AUGGCGCAGCCAACAAAGCCUAGCAAGUUUGAUCUGGGCCUGGGCACGUGGAGCCUUAGCUCCCAGGAGAAGAGCCACAGGGCUCAGACCCCCCCCAGGGCUGUUGGCAAGCAGCUGCCCGAGUACAAGGCGGUGGUGGUGGGCGCGAGCGGCGUGGGCAAGAGUGCGCUGACCAUCCAGCUGAACCACGAGUGCUUCGUAGAAGACUAUGACCCCACGAUCCAGGAUUCCUACUGGAAGGAGAUGGCCCUGGGCCAAGGGAGCUGCAUUCUGAAUGUGCUGGACACGGCAGGGCAGCCCAUUCAUAAGGCCCUGCGUGACCAGUGCGUGGCUGUUGGGGAUGGUGUGCUGGGUGUCUUCGCCCUUGAUGACCCUUCGUCUCUAACCCAGCUCCAGCAGAUGCGGGCCACCUGGGGCCCUCACCACACUCGACCCCUCGUCCUUGUGGGCAACAAGUGUGACCUCGUGACCACCUCCGGAGAUGCUCGUGCAGCUGCUGCAGCCCUCGCGAAGAGCUGGGGGGCCCCCUUCGUGGAGACCUCAGCCAAAACACGGCAAGGUGUAGAGGAGGCCUUUACCCUGCUCAUCCAUGAGAUCCAAAGGGUCCAGGAGGCCAUGGCAAAGGAGGCCAUGGCACGGCCAAGGGGGGUGAAGGCCCGGCACCAGAAGGCCAAGUGCCACUGUGGCUGCUGUGUGGCCUGAGGGGUUUGGUCAAAGAAAAGUGGACCCUCCCCCAGGCCAGGGUGGUGGUUCCUUAACAUGAGACGUAUGGCACAACUAGCUGUUUGGGACACUGUUGGUGUAGUAGGAUAGAUGGAUCCCUCUCAGGGAAGUUUUCAUUCGGUGAUGGGCUUUUUGUCAAUGUGGGACGUGGUGUUGGUUAUGUUUGGGACGUGGUGUUGGUUAUGUUAUGUCAAAUUGAGAGAUUUUGUGCAAAAUUAAAUAAAUGGUGUUUUCAGGUUUCAAA